AUGACCGCAACAAAACCAAAAUCUUCUUCUCAACAAUGCGCUUCCCCAUCUCAAAACGACCCACUAAAACGAACAAACUCCAAUGGUUCAAAUUCUAUGACCAAGAAAACUCGAGGCCCCAUCAACAAACGUGCUUGUCAACGUUGUCGUCAGGGAAAGAUAAAGUGCGACGGAGAUGCAGAGUUGGGCAAGCCUUGCUCAAAUUGUGACCCGCAAAACUGCAAAUACGACAAUGCGCCAAGAAAGAACAAACAGGUCGAACAACUUAAACAGCGAAUGGCCAUUUUGGAGGAGCAGUUGGUCUCCAUUGUCAAGGAACUUAACGAAAAGUUGUCCACAAAAGAUCUUGAAAUGGAAAUUUUGUGUCAGCUUUGCGAAUCGAAAGAACUCUUCAACGGCUCUGAAGUAUUUUCAAGGUUAAAAAAUGCCAUAAAAAAUGAUAAACUACCCAAACAACUAUUACUAUUUACCCGCGAACUUCUGCAGCGGAUGUCAAAAAAUCACGAGAAAAUUCCAGACAUCAUUGAAAGCUUACAACGGGUUGUCGAAUGCGCAGAAUAUGAUAAAGAUCCAGCCGUCAUAUCAAAUAUUCCCACGGUGGACCAAUAUCGAAAUGUUAAUGGUCAAUAUGAGCUUGUUCCUCCGCCUUAUGAUCCAUCCAUCCUUUUGGCCGACGCAAUGAUCAUAGCCGACAAUUCCGUGAAUCUUUCAUCAUCUUACGAUGCGUGUGAAGGGAUGACAUGCCCAAAUAGUCAUUCGCCGUCGGAUGACGGCUCAGAGACCAUGAGUGUUGGAUUUGGAAGCGGCAGUCCACCUACUCCUAACGAACAGCACUCGUUAGACGACGACUCGGAAUCCUACAAUAAUAAUUCAUCGAGAACCUCCUCCACCCACCAAGUCUCUGCAUCCCCCAUGAGCGGGUUUUAUUACAACACAAACUCUUAUUAUCCUUCAGAUUACAUAGAUUACAACGGCACCUCUUAUUACUUUGAAGCAACCAACACCACAUCGCCUACAGAUAGUUUUCUGUUAUGA